GUUACAAAAUUUUUCUGUUGUAUUUUUUAUUUCUGAUCACAAAAUUAUUUAGUAAAAAAUUUCGGCAAAAAAUAUUCGUAGAAAUGGGACGAAAUAUUAAGGACCACUAUGGUGAUUCGGAAAAAAGGAUGUUAAAAGGUUUCAAAGAGGAACUACGGCGUCAUCGCAAACGCCAAAACGAACUUGUAAGAGUUUUGAAGAACGAGAUACGUGAGUAUAAGAAAAAACAUCCAAACAACAUCAACAAGAACUUUGAGAGAGCGCUUAAAAGAUUGCAAAAAGAAGAUGCUGAAAAAAAGCGUUGGAGAUUCUUUUCUCUUUUCAAAUGGUUUAGAAGAAACAAUAACGAGAACAUGGCGUGGAGCGAUUCUGACUCAGACCAAAGUGAGUUGAUUGAAAACCAUUGUCCUGCAAAUGAAGAAGGUAAGAUACGUUCGACAAUCACAUCUCCUGAGGCAAUUUAUUGCCGAAGUGAUUUUUUUGAAGAUUCACAAGACCAUGAAUUUAAAUGGGUUGACAAUACUAAUCCUGCAAAGAAAGGACGCAAACGCAUUGCAUCGGAAGUUGAAAGUAAUAAGAAUCAGUACUGCCAGUGCAAAUCACCAAAAGUGAUUGGGAAAUGUCCGAUUGUAGUUACUGAACGUAGUUCAUGUGAAAAGACAAAUCCCGAAAAUCUUUCACGUUGCUCUAGACAAAAUGUCCCAUACAGUACUGAAUGUAUUGGAUACCUUAAAGACCUGAAUGUCAUGCAGAUUAAGGAAAAUGAUUCAAUCAGUGACGAAAAUGCAGCUAUCGAAAAACGAGUUUUACGAUUACGGGAUGCAAAUGGAGAGUCACGUAUUCUUGUUGUGAAUAUGCCUCAAAGACUCCCUUUGAAUUGUGAAAUUAAGGAGAAAGACGAUGGAAACGAAGAAGCUCGUGAAAAGCAUAGGAAGAAACGAAAAAGACAUAAGAAACCCGAAUCUUAAAGUCUUAUAUUAAGGACGCUGUAAUUAAAUUUGAGAUUCCAAAUAAGCCGGAUAAUAUUACCACCAGAUGUUAAAAAACUAAAGAAAAUAAUUCCGGCGAAAGCUAAAUUUUAAAAAUUUGGGGAUCUCAAAUUUAACCUAUUAAACUAAAUUAAUGAGUGGAUAAUAGGUGUGAUAUACACUCGAUCAAGAAUUUUGUGGUAUGGUGGAACCCAUUUCCUUGGUUGAUAAUGAAGAUGUAAAUAGAGGAGGCGUGG